AUACCCGAAGUGGCAUAAAACGAAAUUUAACUAUAACGUUCACUUGACUGCGACAAAUGAGAAUGUAACAGCACAUUCACAACAUUCAAAGUGGGAGAUUAUGUGCAACACUUGAAGGCAGCAUCGGUAUAUAUCGUUGCACUUCUCUUCUAGCAUCCCCACACGACACGGGGUUUACGGGCGACAGUAGCACUGUAUCUGCAUGUGUAAGAGAGUGAAAAGCAUCAGACACCAUGACCAUUAGAAACACUCUCUGGGAUCAUGGACAAAGGUAUCGACCACGGAUGGCUUGUCUCAAGAAGUAUAUUCUGCUCUGAUUGUCCUUUCAUAAAGGCUGCCUCCACAAGCUGUUGUCAAAUCAAUCUGUUGGCAGAGAAGGUGAUGCUGGAGAUGCAGGACCCAAAAACAGGAGUUAAGUCGCAGCCUCAGAGACUGGUUAUCACAACAAUACCACACGCUAUUACUGGUGAAGACAUAAUUGCAUGGUUAGCAGACAGAUUCCAGAUAGACACACAAGAGGCGAAGAGUUUUGGCUCUGCACUUGUGGCAUUAGGAUACAUCUACCCUCUACAAGACCACAAACGCUUAGUGAUCAAACCAGAUGCAUCCCUCUACCGCUUCCAGACACCGUAUUUCUGGCCCACACAGCAGUGGCCUGUUGAGGAUACAGAUUAUGCAAUCUACCUGGCAAAAAGAAACAUACGUAAGAAAGGCAUCCUGGAGCUGCAUGAGCAGGAGCAGUAUAACCGCCUUCACAAGUGGAUGAAUCAUAAAUGGGAUUUCAUAGUGAUGCAAGCUAAAGAACAGUACAGGGCUGCAAAGGAGAGGAAGAAACCGGACCGUGUUGUGUUUGAGUGCCAGGAGAGAGCCUACUGGGUGGUUCACAGACCUCCGCCAGGGACAGUGAGUGCCAUGGACUAUGGACUGGAUCGACGAAUAGAUCCAAAUGCAGAGGAGGCAAAAACACCCGACGUCUACGAGAGAAUCAUGAUCUUCACUCAACAGUCCAUCAUGAGGCCCAGAGUGAAGUCAUCUGUGUCCAUUGGCGCAUUGGUGAAGUACUGUGCCACCUAUAUCAGCCAUGACCCUUUCCUCUCCAAGUGUCUUCCCAGCAACCCCUGGCUCACCGAUGAUGUCACAUACUGGACCUUGAACAUGCCCAAUGUGGAGAUACCAACUAAAAUGCGUGUGGAGAGGUGGACGUUCAGCUUUGGAGAGCUGCUCUCAGACCCUCGAGGACGAGAUGAUUUCAGACUCUUCCUGAAGAAAGAAUUCAGCGGGGAGAACUUGGCAUUCUGGGAGAGUUGCGAAGAUCUGAAGUGGGGCACUGCUGCGACGAUGAGAGAGAAAGCAGAACAGAUCUACAAGGCAUUUCUGGCACGUGGUGCACCCCGCUGGAUCAACAUCGAUGGAAAGACGAUGGAAAUCACGGUGAAAGGCCUGAAACACCCACACAGAUACGUCCUGGACGCAGCCCAAACUCACAUCUACAUGCUCAUGAAGAAGGACUCAUACGGCCGGUACAUGAAAUCUCCAGUGUUUAAGGAUACGAUGAAGAAGGCCAUCUGUCCUGAGGAGCACAAGUUCACUGAUGCCCAGCUGGAGCAGAAUGCAAAAAAGAGACGGCCCAGUCUCAGCCCCAUCAUCCUUCGGCAGCUUGAGCAGGAGCAGAGGGCCAAGAUGGCCGCCAAUGUUGACAUCACACAGCUGUGCCGCUUCACCACACCUGUUCCCCACCUCGCCGUCUACUCUGGCAUCUCUGACUUCCCCUCUGCCAACGCCUCGCCCUCUCUCCCUUUCCUGGCCCACACCCCGGCUUGUCCGUCCCCCAUCAGCGUGGUCUUGGACAGCACCUCGGCCUCUGAGCGGCGAGUGGAAGCCAGUGAGGAAGAAAGCGAGGGGAACCUCGAGGCUCGAGCCCCAGCAGGUGGAAAUGUGUCCAAGUCUCGCAUGGCUCUGUCCCUGCGCCGCCUGCUGAAACGUGGCUGCACCCCCUCCGCCAUGUUCGCCAGCUUCUCGCCUAAAUGUCACUCAGCUGCCGGGACAAGUAGCCGCAUCCAGCCAAUCAGCCCGGAUCAACCUAGUCAGGCUCCACCCAGACGGAUUGCCAAUUUUUUCCAGAUUAAAGUGGAUAUUCCUCCAGAGUGCCGUAUCUACCCCAUAGAGUCUGAGGACGAGGAGGAGGAGAACAGGGCUGUCUCUCGGGGAGGAGUGGGAGCCAAAGAGAUCAUCUGCCCCUGGGAGAGCCUCACUCCACAGAACGAGACGGGCUAAUAGGCUGCAUUUACAUAGGUAUAAAAAGAUGGGGCUUUAAAUCUGUGUUUGUCUGAGCAGGCAGAUUUUUCCCAUGUUCUGACAGAGAUUAAAUUCUCAUACCGAGCAUUACGGGGUAAAAUCUCAGUGUUUAUUAACCCUGCAUAAAUGUGGGCAUAUUCUCGCCACAAACUACAACAUAAAUACCAAACAACAUAAGGACUGACACAAAACAGGGACACUGUAGAGAUGGCUGUUGGUCUACAGAAGACUUAGCAUUAGCGUACUGUGUCCAACUUUCAAUUCCUUAAAGGAAACCUAUCUUUUUAGUGUCAAACACCAACUGCCUGUAGGCCUGAAAGGACCCAGUUUCAUGUCUGCUGCAGCAAAAUCCUCUUCUCCACUGUUUCUCCAAAAUAUAUGGCUAAAUACACAAUGUUUGUCACAGCUGUUUACCUUUGUUAUGCACAACUACACAGGGCUGUAACCAGGAUUUUAGAACUAGAAGUUCAAUUUCUUCCAGUGCAACCCCUCCAUUCUAAGAAACGUUUGACUAGCCACCAAAUUUUUUUGUAAAAGUUUCUUUUUCUUUUUUGAGCAUUUUAUUAUUCAUUGAUUUAACUGUUCGGUGAUAUUUUCUUUCAUUUUUGUUUGUUUUUGGCUGUUUGGCUGUUUCAAAUCCUUCUUCACACAGCCAGGAAUAUAAUUCUGGCAAAGACAAACCCACAGUGAGUAAUUUGUAUUUUAUAAUGUAAAUGCUUCCUCAGGUUGUUAGAACCCUAAAAAAUACUGAGGACAUGAUCUUGGUGCCACUGCAGCUUUGUUUGCCGUAAAUACACAGAAGUUGUAUUCAACCAUAUUUGGUGUUUGGAACAAACCUACAUCUUACAAGUCUACAGGCAGCUACGUGUUUGAUACUCAAAAAGUUUUUGGUUGAGUAUUCCUUUAACUACAGCCUUAAUGACACUAACCCUUACCGGUGUGUGCACCAGCUGAGCCAGCUGUUUAGGUUGGAUGUUUAGUUUUGUCAGGCCCAGCUUCACCAGAGGACAACAGGGUGUACGGCCAUCUGAGAGCUUUCGAAACUUGAGCUGUAGCUUUUACAUUCAAACCUCAUUCUGUAUCUAUUAAUGAACAGUAGCCCAACAGCAGCCUUAUCCACCUUCACACACCUGAAAUAUUUUGUUUUAUUUGGUCACAGAAGAUUCUACAAAGCAGGCAUGUACACACAACAUUUUUUGAGAACCAGGGCCACAAAAACUAUAAAUGAGAAGAAAUAUACAAACUAAAGUAUUUUUGUGAUUGCCAAGGAGUGCAAAUAAAAUUAAUGAUCAUCAAGUUAUUGUACAAAAAAUAAAUUCAUGUUUACAUUAGUUUACAGAGUGACAAGCCACAGGAGACAGAUAUAUUUGGAUUCUGCCUGUGCACAUGCCUGCUAAAAUAUAGAUAAUGUAUUUCUAUAUUUAUUGAAUAAUGAUCAGUUUUCUGAUGUAGAGAAGUGUUCUUGUGCUGCUAAAUAGACUUAGAUGCCUCAUCCCGAAUUUACUUACCUCUUACACACAUUAUGUGAAAUGACUGAAUUGAUGCAGUUCAGGUAAAAUGAGAGCACAUAAACAGUUUGUCUACAUGUUGCUUUUUUGCUGAUUCACUCCUGACAGAUGUGCACUCAUCAUGAAUGAAGAGUUACUGUAAUGAGGGUCAGGUAAUAGUUUUGUAUUUUGCUGUUUUGUACACUCUGUGUAGCGGUCGUAUACUGUACACAGCCCUGAGCAAGGUGUUGAUAUUUUUCUCUCUCCAUUGGGGGGGGCAGUACAGUGUGAAUUAACAGUCAGAAUGUAUUAUCUUUACCAUGUUUACAGAUGCAAGAAUGUGAAAAAUACCUUAAAUUUGUUGUAUUUCAUUUGUACAUUCCAUGGCUUGUGUCAAGUGCCUCAAUAAAUGACUGUCUUAACAAAAA